AUGCCGGUGAAGAACCGGUACAACCUGGUGGACGAUGGCUGCGACUCCCGCGUCCCGCUGCACAACGAGGAGGCCUUUCAGCACGGCAUCCACUUCCAGGCCAAGUACAUCGGGAGCUUGGAUGUCCCCAGGCCCAACAGCCGUGUGGAGAUUGUGGCAGCCAUGAGAAGGAUUCGGUACGAAUUCAAGGCCAAGAAUAUUAAGAAGAAGAAGGUGAGCAUCAUCGUGUCCGUGGACGGGGUGAAGGUGAUCCUGCGCAAGAAGCAGAAGAGAAAGGAGUGGGCCUGGGACGAGAGUAAGAUGGUGGUGAUGCACGAUCCUGUGUACAGAAUUUUCUACGUCUCUCACGACUCGCAAGACCUGAAAAUAUUCAGUUACAUUGCAAGGGACGGCGCAAACAACUCCUUCAGGUGCAACGUCUUCAAAUCCAAGAAAAAGAGCCAGGCCAUGCGCGUGGUGCGCACCGUGGGACAGGCGUUCGAGGUGUGCCACAAGCUGAGCCUGCAGCACGCCCUGCAGAACGCCGACGGGCAGGCCGACGGUGCCAGCGACAAAUCGGCCGAGGAGCAGCCGCUGGAAGUUCACCAGAUAAAGGGCUCCAAGAUCACGGAUGUGGACGAGGUUGGCAUUGAUACUGGUGGCAUCUGUGUGUCCGAGAGGGGACCCAGAGAGCUGCCAGGUGCCAGGGGGGACUUCAGCAUGCUGAAAUCUGGGCAAACCUCAAAGGAAAAGAACGGCCAGGUAAUGGAGGGUCGGAUGGAGGACGCUUCAUGUGCUCUGCUGCUGCUGAGGGCCCUCUGCUCAGGAGCUCUGGGAGCACUUCCCAGAGGCCUGAAUGGCAUUGCUUCAGCUCACACAACACUCCUCCAGCAGCAGCAGCAGACGCAGGUGGCUGUGGCCCAGGUGCAGCUGCUGAAGGACCAACUGGCGGCCGAGACAGCGGCACGGAUCGAGGCGCAGGCCCGGGUGCGGCAGCUCCUGCUGACCAACCGCGACCUGCUGCAGCACGUCUCGCUGCUGGUGCGGCAGCUGACGGUGCUAGAGGCCCGGGAGGAGCACCGGGAUGAGCAUCGGCAGCCGGUUGACCGCUCCUUGCAAAACCUGUCCCUGGCCCAGUCCCUCUCCCUGAACCUGAAGAACCACUACAGCCUGGACGUGCACCUGCCGUCCACCUCCACCCCCGCCAGCAUCCUGGGCAGCCCCGUGGGGCAGCCACCGCUACGGCAGCAAGGAGGGGGAUGA